CCCCCCCAGAGAGACGUGCUCCUGAACGGCCUAGAAUACGCUCCUGACCUUCCACACUUUCCUGACCUUCCACACUUUCCUGAUCAUCGACGUCAUGGAUCUGUCUCAGCUACUCUCGAAGCGGGAUGAACAGUCUUCCGGCCCAACCGACCCGCUCCCUGAGACACCCGCACCAUAUGCCUCUCCGCCCAUCAACCCAUCCUGCUUGCUCCUGGCCGAGCCGCUACGACAGCCAAGUAAUCCUUGCAUACCGAGCCCCGAGCAAUCGCCCAAGAAACCGUCGCCGGCAGCGUUGGCGAGCCAUACUGCCUCCGAGUCCAGGCCGGGUGUUGCCGAGCCCAGUCGAACCCUGAACCUGGGGCCUGACAGCUACCAGGCUUGCUGCAAUGCAGUUUGCGAACCAUGCGGCCAGCAACAUCCAAGUCCUUGGCCAGCCACCCCCGGCAUCAGCAACGGGGCAUCGGCGGCUCACUUGCCGUCCUUUGGACCUCUUCGACCACAGACUGCGGCCUCGGGUUCUGGGCCGGCAUAUCGUGCUGGCAAGUCCGCCCCACGCCGCCGACUGCCUUCGAUGCAGGAGCUGGUGACAUCAUCAAGGCUGCCCGUAGGGUACGGCGAGUUGAAGAAAAGGAUCCGCAUGGCACGCCUCCAAGGAUCGCCUGCACCGGCCUCCUGCGACGCAAGCGCCUCGGGACAGCGGCCGCAUGGAUCAACCAUCUUUGAGUUCCGCUUCAAGUAGCCGGGGCUGCUGAAAUGCCAAGGGCCUGGCGCUUGAUCGCGCCGAUGCCUAUCACCGCUGCCAUCGUCGCCGCUCGACCCUCUCGCAACUCCUGAAAGCGGCUGAGGGCAGGAUCACCUCCAGCCGCGCGGCCUAUUGCACUCUAUCACCUCGCUUUGGCUCAGCUAUUGCUCCAUUUCGCUCA